AGUAAUGGGUGAUAACGUCAGUGUGGUAGGAUAAAAAAUAGGUAAAUUUAAUUAAACGUAAAAUACAACUACAGUUAAAUUAAUUGGUAUAUUUGUAUUAAAGUGUUACACAAAGAUUUAAAUCCGUUUGUGAAGAUGUAUUAAUGUAUUAAUGCCUAGCCGGCAGAUAACGUUAGUAAGUCUCUAUAUAUAUGUAUGGUAAACCGGGCCAUAUAAUCCAAUCAUUAAAAGCGAUUCGGAAGUGAUAACAGUGUAUUAUAUAGUCUUGGUAACUCUCGACAAUCUACUAGAUUAUUAUUUCCUCUCUCAGUAUAGUAAUCAUCGUUCACAAUGACACUGGAUCGCAUUGAAUCACCAAAGGCUAAGAAAAAGUUAUCGCUGGGAGUUGGCGGUGCAUUUGUUGAACUAUCAGCAGAACGCACUGGUUGGGCUAACAAAACAGAGUUUAUUUUAUCUUGCAUUGGGUAUGCCAUUGGAAUUGGAAAUGUUUGGCGAUUUCCCUUCUUUGUUUACCGUAAUGGCAGAGGCGCAUUUCUGAUAGCAUUUAUAUUGAUGCUGAUAACAAUGGGCCUGCCAAUCUUCUUCAUGGAGCUCUGCAUUGGUCAGUACACAGGAGUAGGUCCAAUGGAAGCUUACCGUCGUAUGUCACCAGCAUUCGGGGGUCUCGGGAUUUGCACCCUCGUGGUAAUUGGAUUAGUAACUGUCUAUUAUAUGGUGAUAAUAGCUUGGACACUGUUUUACACUUUUGCCUCAUUUUCAAGUAAACUCGCUUGGGCAUACUGUGACAAUGGCUUCAAUACUGAAAAUUGUUACAGUGGAUUGGAAGAUAAACAGUGUCAGGAUACUAAUUCAACUACAAUAUUUUUUAAUAAAACGUGCCAAUUAAUAACAAAAGUUUGCUAUAAUUUUGGAUAUGAUAAAGGAAACAAAAGUUACUGCUUUAACGAGACACACCAAAAACCAAUUCGUAAAUUGUACGACAGUGUACUCUCAUCUGAGGAAUAUUUUAGCGAUUACGUACUCGGAAUACGAGGCGCUACUUGGGAUAAUUGGGGCGGCAUAAGAUGGGAGCUCUUGGGUUGUCUCACCCUUGCCUGGAUUAUUUGUUACCUCUGUUUAAUAAGAGGCGUUCAAUCCGUCGGGAAGAUUGUAUACUUUACUGCAUUGUUUCCGUACUUUGUAUUGAUCGCACUUCUAAUUCGAGGUUUAACUCUUGAUGGUGCUGAAUAUGGUAUAAAAUGGUUUAUCACACCGGUCUGGCCAACACUGUUUGAUGCAAAAGUUUGGGGUGAUGCUGCAUCACAAAUCUUCUAUUCCCUGGGCAUUGGUUGCGGAUCUCUGAUCACGAUAUCGAGCUUCAGUACGUUUUCGAAUAAUUGCCACAGAGACGCGAUAUUUAUAACAUUUACAAAUUUAUUCACCUCAAUAUUUGCGGGGAUUGUUAUAUUUUCAAUAAUGGGAUAUUUGGCAAAACAAAUGGAUUUACCAUUGGAGGAUGUAGUUAAGAGUGGGCCAGCUUUAGCAUUCAUAGCCUAUCCAGAAGCAGUUGUACGAAUGCCACUCUCAAAUCUCUGGGCUAUUUUAUUUUUUUUUAUGCUGUUUAUUCUCGGUCUUGGCAGCCAGUUUGCAGGGGUUCAAGCGAUAAACACCGCUAUUCUCGAUAUACGACCAAGUUUACGAAAACACGAGAGCUUGGUGAUACUUGUAAUAUGCGUAUGUGGAUGGAUUUUGGCAUUACCAAUGAUAUUCGACGGUGGAGUAUAUCUUAAUACGCUGAUGGAUUGGAAUACAGCGUCCUGGGCAAUACUGUUAAUUGGAUUACUGGAGGUCGCUGUACCAGCUUGGUGUUACGGGUGUAACAAAUUCUUGGACAAUAUUGCCGAAAUGGACAUGCCAUUUGGGAGGUUUAUACGAGGAUACUGGUGGCUCAGCUGGACUUUCCUCGCUCCUAUUACCUGCCUUGGUGUAUUUGGUUAUCAAAUGUACAUAUUUACACCAGUCUACUAUGGUAAAUAUGUUUUUCCGGAUUGGGCAAAUCUGAUAGGGAUUUUUAUUGGUUUGUCAACACUGGUGCCACUUCCUCUUUAUUUCAUUUAUUGUCUUUACAAAGGACCCCGAAAUUGCAAUUUAUUCAGAUUAACAGAGAGGUGGGGACCAUCAAAAAAAACAUCAUGGUAGUUGUAAAAUAUACAGCAGUCAAAAUUAA